AUGUCGUCGUGGAAAAAAGCCGCUAAGGCAAAUCAAAAGACUCAUAAGGAAAGACACCAGCCAGAGUCUCGAAAGCACCUAGGUUUGCUAGAGAAAAAGAAAGAUUAUAAAAAACGUGCUGAUGACUACCAUGAAAAAGGAGCUACUCUUAAGCUUUUACGUAAAAGAACAUUGGACAGAAAUCCAGAUGAGUUUUAUUUUCAUAUGAUAAACUCUAGAGUAAAAGAUGGGGAACAUCAUGAAUUGAAGAAAGAAGAUGAACAUACUCCAGAACAGGUGAAAUUAAUGCAAACACAGGACCUCAAAUACAUCAAUAUGAAGCGUACUGUGGAAAGUAGAAGGAUACAAAGAUUACAGUCUCAGCUCCACAUGACAGAUGUGGCAGACUCUACACCUAAUACACAUAUAUUCUUUGUGGACGAAGGAGAGGAGAAAGAAUUUGAUUUAGCUAAAAGAUUGGACACUCAUCCAGCAUUGAUCAACAGAAAGUCUAACAGACCACGGCUGUCUGAUCUUGAUAAAAUAGAAUUGCCCACAGUCAAUCAAGAGAUUAUAAAUGCCACAAAAAAGAUUAAAGAAAAGACAUAUAAAGAACUUUCCAAGAGAAUAGAAAGAGAGAAGCAAUUGACUGUUGUUCAACAGAAAAUGGAAAUUAAACGACAUUUGCAGGAUGUCAAAAUCCUAAAACCUAAAAGGGUUAAAAAUGGAACUAAAGUCUCAGCUCCAGUGUAUAAAUUCCAAUAUGUGAGGAAGAAA